AUUGCUUUUUAUACUGUUUUUAUUUUAGAUUUACUGCUCUAUAUAUAAUUGUAAAUGGAGUAAUUGUUCAGGAAUAUCUUUAAAAUAAACACUUACUGUAAAUAAAAGACCAUGAGUGAAACAUAUGAUUACUUGUUCAAAUUUUUAAUCAUUGGUAGUGCUGGUGUUGGUAAAUCAUGCAUUCUUCAUCAAUUUAUGGAAAACAAAUUCAAACAAGAUGCCCAUCAUACUAUUGGUGUUGAAUUUGGUUCAAAAGUUGUAAAUAUUGGUGGCAAAUCUAUAAAGUUACAGAUCUGGGACACAGCUGGGCAAGAAAGAUUUCGCUCUGUUACUCGAAGUUAUUACAGAGGUGCUGCUGGUGCUCUCCUGGUGUAUGACAUCACAAGUCGUGAAACAUACAAUACCCUCACCACAUGGUUGACUGAUGCCCGAACCUUAGCGAGUCCUAACAUUGUUAUCAUAUUGCUUGGAAACAAAAAAGAUUUGGAUGCUGAUAGGGAGGUGACGUUUUUGGAAGCCAGCAGAUUUGCACAAGAAAAUGAACUUAUAUUUCUUGAAACAAGCGCAGUGACAGGUGAAAAUGUUGAAGAGGCCUUCCUAAAAUGUUCUCGAACGAUUCUCUCCAAAAUCGACGCUGGCGAACUCGACCCUGAAAGAAUGGGAUCUGGUAUUCAAUACGGAAACUCUGCACUGCGAAAAAAUGCACCACAGAAACCAGAAAGCCAAAAUUGUGAUUGUUAAAGUACUUUUUAUAGAAGAGCUUUUAUAUAAAUAUAUUUGUAAGGUGGGACUGUUUUUUGUUGAAUUGACAACUUUCUAUUCACACAUUUUCAAACGGAUUUCUUACUUUCAUCCAUACUUCUAGAAUCAGUUUAGUUUUUUUUGUGCAAUAUAGCUUGCUAUUUGUUGAAAAACCUGAGGUGUAAAUUUUCCUCUUAUUUUUUUAAAGCAAAAUAGAUAGCUAUGUUCAAAAUUUGGUAAAGUUAUUAAGAUAUUUGUUAUUGAAACCAUACUCGACAGAAUUACCAUCAAUAUAUCCAUAUGCAUAGAAAUCUCUUUUUUUUUUAAGUUUAAUCACAUUAUUUUAAAAUAUUGUUUCUGUCCGUCCUUUAACGACUUCUCUAAAAUCUUUUAUAGUUAGUUUUUCUGAAUUCUUUUCAAAUUUGUUCUUAUAUUAAUACUGUUGUUAUUUUUAUUUUUUAAUGUAAAUUUGGAAUUUUGUCUGACAUAGUAAUGGUCCACUUGACCUGGAAUGUUUCACUGGUGUUAGAAGUAUGUUUAUGAAUUCAUUCAUCCAUUCGUUCAAAUUUACUCAUUUUGUUUCAUUCUAUUCAUACAAAUUUUUUUUUGGAUUUUUUAAAUGAAGCCUUAACUAGAUUCGCAGAUUUGAAGUUUGAACGUUUGGAAUCUUGGUUUUUUUGCUUACUCUAUAAAAACAAAGAAAUCAUUUUUCUCGUAUGUGUAUUUUUUUUUACCUUGUAGAAAUUAUUAAAGUUUUUGUUUUGUUUAUAAAUGAUUUAGAAAUUGCGUCAACUUGUUGCCAUUUAAAUACAUUAACUAUUCACAUUCUACUGGUUGUCGUAUUUCUAUCAUGGCGGUAAAAAUUGAAAUGUAUAUUUAGACAUUAUAUGUCAAUACCGUACUGUGUUUUGUGUAAUCUCAAAAUAAAACCAUCUUGUAAUUUA